UGGCCACCUACAACGCAGCGGAGAAAGAGAGCGCCGCGGCGGCGAUCUUCCCAAAUCGACGUAUCGAGAGAGAGACCGGCCGGUUCGGGCGCGAUGGCGAGCCCCGGCGAGCGAGACGUGGCGCAGCACCCGGACUACGGCUGCUUGAAGCUGUUCCGCCGCCGGCGCCUCCUCGCCUUCCUCCGGCUCAACAACCUCUCCGCCACCUUCGACUCGCUGAACAACGAGACGCCCGCCUUCUUCGACGUGCGCUUCCUGCAGCGCCUGGUGGAGAGGGGCCGGUGGGACGAGGCCAAAGGGUACAGGAGCCGCUUCAUGCCGUCGCGGGACCAGAUGGGGUAGAGGCCCGCACCGCCCUGAGCUUCAUCGCCGUCCUCAACGUCCUCGACGACCUCGCCCACGGCAAUCCGGCGGCCGCCCAACUGGUCCACCUCCUCGACCGGCGACUCGAUGCUCACCCGACCUUCAUGGACGCCGACCCCCACCGCGCAGAGAUCAUCCGCACCAUCUUCCAUGUGCACUCCCACCCUGAACUCAGGAACAACCUGGACUGGGGGAUCGUGAGGCACAGGGCAGGGGAGAUGGUCAGGUACUUGAUAAAGCAGGCUCCCGAGCUCACCCACCUGCUGCGGUUGCCGCGAUGCCCAAUCUAUCCCUGCUGCACAAUCCCCUUCGGGGCCGGUUUGGGGACUCGCCGGAGGCGUCAGGCGAAGAACACUGGCAGGAUGCCAGCAUCUCUUCUUGCCCUCCGUUUUCGUCCAAAGGAGAGGUCUCCUUUAGCAAGGGAUUUAGGGUUAUCACAUUACCCAAUGGCCUGGCUGGAGACAAUGAUUGAUGAAGCUUUAGUAGAUGGCGAAAAGGAGAAGGUUGAAGAUCAUUCGCUCGAGUAUUCUUGUGGUGAACGCAUUACUGGUGCUCCAGUUGCCCCAAGUCCUGGAGAAAAAAAAGGGAUCACAUCUUCUAAUUCAGGCACAAAGCGUGUGAGUCAACAAGACUGCUACUCUGGAAGUGUCGGUGAUGCCAAACGUCCACGUACAACUGAGGAGUUUUGUCAAGAGGCAAGCUUAAGGUUUCAAUUACCAGAAAUGAAAAGUGUGUCAGGGCCAGAGAAGACCUACGCUCAAAGUUGUAAAGCUCCUGAAACUCAUGUGGAAAGCCCUGUGGUGCAGGUUGUGAUGAAGACCAAGUGAUGGCUUUGGUUGCUAAUGUCUGGUGGUGUCCGUGAGACCAGAAUGAAAGACGCUCGAUUUGUGGCUGUGACUUGGAUGUCACCCGAACAUACAAUCAAUUUUCUAUAAUGCUUGCUCUGUUUAGUUUUGUUCUUGAAUUCUCGAAACAACCUCUAUCUGUGAUGUUUACAAGAACUUAUGAUAUUUGAGCAUCAGCGUUAAACUAUGUACCCAUUUAAUUUGUUCCGUUAAGGCCCGUGACUGAUCCA